AUGAAUCAAGAGCAAGCGCUUCAAGAUAAUUUCGACCUCAAAAAAUAUGACCGCCCUUUACUAUUCCUUCCCAAUGAAAUAACUUUACUAAUAUUUUCCUUUCUUGGUCAACUGGAUAAAGUUAAUGCUGCCCGUGUAUCGCGCGUUUGGUGUGAUGCUAUAUACUCUCCUUCGCUAUGGCAUGAGGCAAUGUUAUACAAUGUCAAAGGUUUCAAAAAUAACAUUUUAAAUAGGUUAUCUCAAGUAGAAUUUUUAGAGGCAAGAGCGAGCGGUAUUUCGGACGAAGAAGUUAGACUUUUAGUUAUAGGUCCUGCGGGAAAGACACUAAAAGUCUUGGAUCUGUCUGUGGGCCCUCAACUUACAAAUAAAUGUCUGAUAUACAUCGGUUACCACUGCGUAAACUUAGAGAAAUUAUUCUUGGAAGGAUGCAAUCAAAUAACUGAUAUUCAACCGCUCGAGAUGCUUGUAGACCGAUUAAAAACUAUUGUUUUAUCAUACAACGAAAAUUUGAGCAAUGCAGUAUUCUGGAAUCUUUCUAGUUUUGGUGACCGAAUAACAAAAUUAGAUUUAGAUGGAUGCCCUCAGAUUUCGGAUGCUGGUAUUGAACACCUGGCUGCUCAUCUACAUGGCUUAAGAUACCUCGCCAUAGAUGGACAAGGAAUAAAUGAUGCACCAGUCAUCUCGAUAUUUGAACAUUGUACAGAUUUAGUCUUGUUCUCCAUGUCAUUUUGCGAUUUGACAGACGUUUUUCUUGAUGGCUUAAUUCGUAAUCUUUGCCCGUCACUCAGAUAUCUGCGGUUGCGUAAGGGAGCUGCGUUUACAGAAAUAGGGUUUUGUCGGUUAUUCGAGCAUCUUACUUUACGAGGCCACUCCUUUGUCUCGCUUGACCUCUCUGAAUGCACCAAUGUUACCAAUAUAGCCCUCGAGUCAUUAAAUCAGCCUCAAUUACGAAGGCUUAAUCUCGAUUGGUGUUGGAAUGUCAAUGAUUCUAAUAUUUUAGAGAUUCUCAAAAGAUCACCUAAAAUAGAAGAGUUGUUUAUCACCGGAUGUAACGACGUUACAUGUGAAUCAUUGGUAGGGGAGAAAAUAGCUUCUCUUAAAAUAUUAAAUCUUUUUUCUUGUAGAAUGGUAGAACGAACUAUUAUUUGUGGCAUCAGUAAAUCAAAUCCUAGUUUGUAUAUAGUAGAUUAUUAUGGUGAAGUGUAUAAAGAUGGCAAAAAGAUAGGGUUGAUGGAUCAAGUAUUUAUUAAGGAGGAAAAAGUUGACAGUCAAGAAAGAUGGGGUUUACUCAAUGUCGGAAGUUAUUUGAGGUUUUAUCGUGGUAAUUCGGUAUAA